AUGGAGACCUCAGCAGAGCGAGCCAGCUCUCCCACCAAUAUCAAUGAUCUAUUCGACUAUGACGUGGGACUAGACGAGAUCUUUCAAGGGAAUAACGACGCGUCAAACAAUGAUGCCCCGAAGGCAACAGGAGAUCCCUCCUCCCUCGGACUUGGACUGGAUGAGGAGGUCAAAAUUACCAAAAAGCGACAACCGAUUGCCAAACUAGACGAGGCACGUCUGCUUUCGCAACCAGGAAUCCCCAAGCUCCGACGCACAGCUAAGGAUAAACUUCGACUCAAAGGCAAAGGACAUGAGUUUUCGGAUGCCGCCCGCCUAUUGAAUUUCUAUCAACUUUGGCUUGAUGACCUUUACCCCCGUGCAAAAUUCACAGAUGGCUUGGCUAUGAUUGAGAAACUAGGCCAUACCAAACGCAUCCAAACUAUGCGGAAAGAAUGGAUCGAUGACGAGAAACGGAAAGUCUUCGAAAAUUACACUGACACAAGAGACCUCCCCACACGGCUUUCUUCAGAUCAGCACGGUGGCGCAACGAAGGAGAUGCCGAAUUCAACAACAAUACAUGAAGCGGCAGAUGGAUUGGGUUCUCCGGAUGACUUGUUCAUGCCAGACCCCGAGGGAACAAUUCGGCAGUCCGUUAGCCAUCCCGCACCCGACGACGACGAUCUGGAAGAUCUAUUGAGAGAGCAAUAUGAGAACAUGCCAGGGGAACAACAAGCAGCAAAGCAGAUACCGAACAAUGGGCUCGAUGACGAUGAUCUGGACGAUUUAUUGAGAGAGCAAGAUGAAGACAUGUUAAAGGGGCCACAGCCAGGGAAGCAGGUGCCAAACAGCGGACAUGAUGACUUCGAUGCCGAAUAUGAGGCCAUGAAUGAGAUGGGACUGUAG